CGAAGAAGAAGAGGAGCUACGACGCGCACCCUCCGCCACUAUGAAGGCACCGAGGGCAGUUUGUGCCUCUGACUUUAAAGAAUAAGCCUUGUUAUUUCUACAAGUGCUGAAGCCACUAACUGGACUAAAGUAGAUGCCACACCGAAUCAGUAUCUUGGUCCUGCAGAAUGUCCAAGAUCAGGCGGAAGGUAACAGUGGAGAAUUCAAAAACCAUAUCUGACAGCAGCAGCAGCAGCAGCACCACGACCAGCAGCACCAGCAACCCCGCCGCCCCCUCCCGCCGGCCCAGUGUGUUUGAGAGACUCGGCCCCAGCACUGGGAGUAAUGCUGCUGAUAGUCACUGUAGAAAUUGGCUGAAGACCGGUAAUUGCAGUUACGGCAACACUUGUCGCUACACACAUGGAACUCAGCCACGAGGCAAAGGAUUUAGCUUCAGUCGGUCAGCCGAGAGACCCACAGGUGAUCUGCGGGAGAGGAUGAAGAAUAAAAGACAGGAUGUUGACCCAGAAAACCUGAAGCGAGACCUAGACGAGCCCACAUCCCCCCCAGCGAGACAGAGAGACUCCUCCAGAGGCCGACACAGGGAGAAGGAGGAUAUAAAGAUCACAAAGGAGCGCACCCCAGCCAGUGAAGAAGAGCCCACAGAGUGGGAAGCCAAUCGUGAAGACUCAGAUAUUGGUGACUACGAUUACGAGUUAUCCCUAGAGAUGAAGCGCCAGAAGAUUCAACGUGAGCUGAUGAUACUGGAGCAGGAGAAUUUGGAAAAGAGGGAGGAGAUUGUCAUCAAGAAAGACGAGGUCCCCACCAAAACUAGAGCCGCCGCCAUGCCGAAGGCCUCCCCCGAGCAGUUAAGAAAUAAGGAUUCACCCUCACCCAGGAAGUCCAAUGCAUCCCCAAAACACAAAGGGGGAACCAAAGGCCCCGGCUCUGGGAAAAAAGAGAAGAAGGCGUCAGUGUCCUCACCUGUUUUAGAAUCUGCCAGGUCUUCAAAAGGGAGCCACAGUAAAAAGAAAGGGCCCCGUACACCUAGUCCUCCUCCCCCGGUCCCUCUGGACAUCCCUGUUGUGGGGAAGAAACACAAAGGCAAGCACAAAAACAAGGAGAAGUCGGAGGAGAAGCAGAAGGAAGGGAAAGAUCGGGGACGAGAUACGGAAAAACACAAAGAGAAGAAGGAAAAACGCAGGGACCGAUCAGACAGUUCCCACAAGGCCAAGCGGUCAGUGACAUCAGAGGAGCGUUCUGGUAGUGUGUCAUCGCCUUCUAGGGGCACUUCACCCUCCGCCGUGAAGAAAUCCACCUCUCCUAAAGCUUCGUCCCAUAAGACCCCUGCACUGGUCUCCCCUCCUCGCAGGUCUCCCUCUCCUCCACGGCGCCAGCGCACCCCAACUCCUCCCCGCCACCACUCCCGGCACUCUGCGUCCCCUCGUCGGCGCCGCUCGUCCUCUCCCGCCUACCACAGGAGCGCAGCGGCCCAGGCCUCGACCUCCUCCCCUCCGAGCUCCCGGCGCUCCCGAUCGCCUCCCCCCUCCCACGACGUCUCAUCGCCCCACCGGCGAUCUGACAGGUCGAGCCCCGGCAGGCGACACUCCAGGGGCCGCGAGAGGAGCCGCGGGGAAAGGGAGAGGAGUCCGCCUGUACAGGAGCGCAGACAUGAGCGCAGAGAUGACAGCCGCAGCAAGCGAGAGAAGGAAAGCAUCCGCGACGACCGGGACUAUGACUCUGAACAGGUCUCAUCACGGGACACUAGAGAGGACAGGGAGGCAAGAGAGGCCCGCGAGCGACGGGACGCUCGCGAUCGAGGAAGGGAACCAACGCGAGACUCUCGCGACCACCGAGACACCAGGGAUGUAAAGGACUCCAGAGACAGCAGGACAGAGACCCGCUCCAGCCGAGAGUCGCUGGAGAUCCGUGACCGCGAGCGGGAACGAGAGAGGGAGCGGGAGAAAGAGAGGGAGAAGGAGAGAGAGCGGGAAAAGGAGAGAGAGAGGGAGAGGACUGACACCCACAGGAAGGAGGAGCCGGCUCAGGAGGAUAGAAGUUACGGGAGAGGUCAUGGGCGCGAAGAUAGAGCUGAAGGAAGGACGGAGAACAGGACAGACAGAGUUGAGAGGAAUGGAAGAGGGAGAGGGCGGGCUAAUGAAACAUCUGAUAAAGGCUCUAACAGGAACUCCCGGGGUUCCCAACUGGAAAGCAGCCAUGACAACUGGGAGUCACGGAGCAGUGCAGUGCGUGAACGGAGCGCUGAAAGAAGCACAGAUCGCAGCGUUACGGAAAGGAGCUCUGAGAGGGGUUCAGACCGAGACCGCUACGAAGGAGACAGAAGAGGAGAGCCAGCCCGAGACUCCUCCUACGACAGGAGAGGGGGGCAUGGAGAGCGGGACCGCAGAGACAACCGAGACAGAGAUCAAAGAGUAGCCUCCCCAAAUAGACACCAGGGGAGAUCAGAGGAGUCUGAGAGGGAGGAGAGGAGGGAUGACCGCAGGACAGAUAGAGCAGAUGGGAGGCGAGAGGACAGGACCCGUGACCGGGAGAGAGACAGGGAGAGGGAAAGGGAGAGAGAGAAGGAGAAGGACAGGGAGCGAGAGAGGGAGCGGGAGAGGGAAAAGGAGCGAGAGAGGGAGGCCGAGAAGGAGCGGGCCAGGGAGAGAGAGAGGGAAAGGGAGCGUGAAGAGAGGGAGCGGGAGAGGGAGAGGGAAAGGGAGCGCGAAGAGCGGGAGAGGGAGAGGAAGGAGCGAGAAAGGGAGAGGGAGAGAGAGAGGGAGCAGCGGGAGCGAGAGAGGCAGCGGGAAUGGGAGGAGCGAGAGAGAGGAAGGGAGGAAAGGCGGGAGAGGAGAGACGACACCAGGGACGAGCGGUCCAUUCGAGACACCCGGGACGACCGCAAGACGAGCCGUAAGAGGAGCAGGGUGGAGAGCAGCCCGAGCCCCCGACCCUCGCCUAAGCGAGCGACACGGGAAUUCAGUCCAGCGGACAGCGACGGCUACAACAGUGGAGAAGACAAAAGUAGCGACAAGCAUCGUCUGCUGAGCCAGGUGGUGCGGCCUCAGGAGCCCUUGCUGCGUUCUCCGCCGAGAGCCGCUCCAUCCGACGACAAGCCUAGUCACUGGAAGGAUGAGGAGCGCAGAGGAGCCGGGGAUAAAAGGGAAGCACGCAGCCGCCUCGAGGACCUGGAGCCUCGUGGGGAACGAGUCAGGGGAGGCGACAGACGAGGAGAGCACCUUGCAGACCCCCCGACUGACACCCGUAGAGGCAGAGACCAGCGAGAAUCCACGCCGCCGCCUCCACCUCCUCCAGCCCUCGCCGCUGUCAGCGACGACAGAGACACAGCUGGCUCCCAGUCACACGAGGAAGGCAAAAAGAAGACAAAGUCGCAGAGGAAGGGCUCGAAGAAGGGUCGCAAAGAAGAGGAGAUUGCUGCCACCAGCAGUCUGGCUGGUGCAGGAGAUCGUUUCAACCCUGAGCCCCCAGCUGGCGUUUCCACAGAUGCACCGCCACCUUUACUCUCCCCCAGGAAAGGAGCCAAAAAGAAGGCACUUGAGCGAAAGAGGAAACGGUCACGGGGAGGAGAAUCCGAUGUGUCCGAUGAGGACUCAUCAGCCCAUCAGCCACACACUAAGAAGAAAAGAGGUCCACGGACUCCACCGCCCUCGAUGAGGCCCGAUCACCGCGGCACUGGAGGCAACACUGAGCCGUCUCCACUGUCUAAAAUGGACAACUUCAGUGACUGGUCAGAUGAGGAGGUCACAGACCGAGCAGGAGGGCCUCUGGAAACACAAGCUCCCCUGGCUCCUGCCGAGAGGGCUCCUGCCGAGCCUCUUAGGAGAGGUGCUCCCAGGGUGGGCAGGGACAGGGAGCGGUGCAACCCCCCUUCCAUUGCCCCACUGAUCCCCCAGGAUCCUCCGAUACUGCUGCAGACUCUGACCCCGCAGCCCCUCAUGUCCCAGCAGCUGCUCCGCAAACCGCCCCCAGAGCAGACACGCAGCAGCAGCAUGGGAAGCAACCAGAGCCGCACGUCAUCCAGGCGCCUGCGAUCACCCUCCAACGAGUCCGCCCACAGAGAAGAUCCCCAAGGUCCACGAUCCCGCCGGGGCCGACUGCAGGGCACCAACUCUCGGGACCGAGAAAGAGAGCGGGAGAGGGAGAGAGAGCGGGAGAGAGAGCGGGAGAGAGACAGGCCGGUUGUGAAUGAGCCUCCAGGAGCCGAGAGGAAGUCUCGAAUUGACCAGCUGAGGAGAGGAGAGCCCAGCCGCAGCACCUCCUCAGACCGACAAGAUUCACGCAGCCACAGCUCCAGACGCAGCUCCCCUGACUCUGAGAGGCAGGCCAGGUCCCGAGCCGGCUCCUACGACAGCCGAGAGCGGGAGAGAGAGAGGGAGCCAUUUGAGCGGGAGCGAGACCGAAAGGACCUCCGGCCGCCGCCGCAGCAGCAACAGCAGCAGCAGCCGCUGCUUCUCCAGCAGCCCCUACCACAACAGAGAGACUGGGAGCCCGAACCCAGGGACUGGCCCAACAGGGGGGGACGGGAGCCCCUACUGAUGCGUCCUGGCCGCGAACCUCUCUUGAGGGAGCGGGACAUCAGGGACAGGGAACGCUUACUCCCCGAAGGACUCAUCCAGCAGCACGAACGGGAGCGGGAGAGGGAGCGAGAGAGGGAGAGGGAGCGGGACAGGGACGGCCGAGGCGGCGAUCGAGAGAGGGAGAGGAUGAUGAUGAUGGACCUGCUUCCCCACGGUGACCCCAGGGCUCCAGGGCGAGGGGACCUGAGGGGUGAAAUCAGGGGAGACCUACGAGGGGACAUGAUGAGACAGGACAGGAGUGAAUAUGAACCUCUGCUGCCAAGAGAAGCUUUCAGCCCUCCAGAGCCGGAGAAACCGAGCAACAGUCACCACCUGAUGGGAGAGCAACGGGAGCUGGAGAAGACAGACAGCAUCGACGGGGACGAUGACGGGAAAGAAGACGACGGGCAGUCGGUCGCGUCUGUUGGAGAAGAGUAUGAACCGAUCAGUGAUGAUGAGCUGGAUGAAAUUCUGGCGGACAGCCAGAAAAAAGUUGACCAGCAAGACGAUGAGAAAAUUACAGGUCCUCUGGAUGUGAUUGACGUGGACUGGUCCAGCCUGAUGCCCAAACAGAAGCAGGAACCCCGGGCAGCACGGGCAGCGCUGCUCCGGUUCACCCCAGGGGCUGUGCUUCUCCGGGCCGGCAUCUCCAAGCGACUUGCUGGGCCCGAGCUCAUGGAGCAAGUCAAAGAGGUGUGCAAGUCUGAGCUGGACGACCCCAAAGAUGCUGAGAAGCUGUUUGAACAUGAACUGGGGGCCCUGAAUAUGGCAGCCUUGAACAGGCGGGUAGAGAGGGCAGGUUUACUGACCAACCUUGGGCCCUGCUGCAAGGCCCUGUGUGCCCGCAGGGACUUCGCCAUCCGCCGGCAGCUGCUGAAAAACGACAAGGGCCUAACUAAGCAGUACCUCACCACGCCUGUAGUAGACAGCGAUCUGCUUCAGAUGAGCAUGCGUCUCUUCAGAAGGACAAUGGCCGGCCAGGCCUCGGGCCCGGAAAGGUCAGACGGUGGGUCAGCAGCAGCAGCCGAGGUCGCUGCAGCUGGGAGUAGUAAGCUCAGCACAGCGCAGCCUGAGGUGUGUGUGUCCUGAAAGAAUUGGGGCUUACUUGAGUCAAACACAUGAAAGUGAACGCUUCUAAGCCUUUACUACUUACUUUCCCCUGACUCUGUCCGAUUUCAUUACAAUACCUAGCCUUUUUAGUCAUGAGAGGGAAUAAAGAAAAACAAGCAAAAGUGUGAAUCUUACUCAGUUACGCUUUACAUGUUUUGGAUGAUAUGCAAGUGCUGUGCCAUAGACUACUGGACAUUCUAGGCUAUGGAGGUGUGUGAUGAACCAUGUACCAGAAACAUAAAACACACCUGAAAUGACUUCAUGUUUUUUUUUUUUUUUUUUUGUGCAUUAGUGUUUUAGAGCAGCUUUUUAAUUGUCAGUUUCACCUGCCUAACCAAGUUCACAUGACUGUUUUGUUUUCAUAUAUUGUGCAUUUGGUUACUACAACUGUGCAUUAAAAUGGUUAGAUGUUGA